AUGGCGCUCGGCGGGGUCGGUCGCGGCGGCGCGGCGCGGGCUGCUUGGCCGCGGUUGCUGCUGGCGGCGUUGGCGGCGGCGCUGGCGCUGGCGGGGCCGGCGCUGCCCGAGGUGCUGUUCCGCUGCCCGCCCUGCACGGCGGAGCGCCUGGCCGCUUGCUCCCCGGCCGCCCGGCCGCCCUGCCCCGAGCUGGUGCGGGAACCGGGUUGCGGCUGCUGUCCGGUGUGCGCCCGCCUAGAGGCCGAAGCUUGCGGCGUGUACACCCCGCGCUGCGCCGCCGGUUUGCGCUGCUACCCCGACCCCGGAGCCGAGCUGCCCCUGCAAGCCUUGGUGCAGGGACAGGGCACCUGCGCCCGCCGCCGCGACACGGCCGAGUAUGGAGCCAGCGCAGAGCGCCCCGCAGACAAUGGUGAUGACCGGUCUGAGAGCAUCCUUGCUGAGAACCAUGUGGACAGCACUGGGGGGAUGUUGAGUGGAGCCAGCAGCAGGAAACCCAUUAAAACAGGCAUGAAGGAGCUGGCGGUGAUGAGGGAGAAGGUGAACGAGCAGCAACGGCAGAUGGGCAAAGUGGGCAAGGUCCAUCACAACCAUGAGGAUUCAAAGAAGUCGCGGAUGCCGACAGGCAGGACCCCUUGUCAGCAGGAGCUGGAUCAGGUCCUGGAGCGCAUCUCUACCAUGCGACUGCCGGAUGAGCGAGGUCCCCUGGAGCACCUCUACUCCCUCCACAUCCCCAACUGUGACAAGCAUGGCUUGUACAAUCUCAAGCAGUGCAAGAUGUCGGUGAAUGGGCAGCGUGGAGAGUGCUGGUGUGUGGACCCCAUCCAUGGGAAAGUGAUCCAGGGUGCACCCACCAUCCGUGGGGACCCCGAGUGCCACCUCUUCUACACAGCCCAUGAGCAGGAGGACCGGGGAGCACACGCCUUGCGGAGCCAGUAGAUGGAUGUAAUCCUGCUUGCUGUGGCCCCGGUGCUGGAUUUUUUACAUGGGUUUCAGCAUGUCUCUUUUAGGCUCUGGAAGAGACCGGGGUUGGGUCCUGUGUGCUGCCCUCCUGCUGCCCCAGUUCUUGGGGAGGGAAGAGAUGACAGGAGGGGAAGGGUGGGGGGGAG